CCUCUCUCUCCAAUUGACUUUUAUAUAUCACAUUAUUCACACAAUUUACAGGUUUCAAUUAACAAUUAACCCUCUCUCUUCACACCCAAAGCCUCCUUUUAAUUCCCAUUCAAAGAUUUGGUUUAAACCCAUCUCCCAAAUUAAGUUUCUGUAGUUGCUAUGGGAUUUCAGUCAACCCAUUAAUCUGUUUUUAUGCAUUAUAUAUGAUGAAGUAUUGCAGGAGAUACAGGUUGGAUUGUGUUUUUAUGCGUAUAUAUUUGAGUGAGUUGAGAGUUGCUUUGAAUUAAAGAUAAUCGGCGCCCUUUAAAGGCCAUCCUUGCUGUCAUUUUCUGUUUUUUUAUGAAUGUGUCGUUUUUGCGGAGAAUUGAGGGCAUAGUUUUUUUUAUAAUAAAUAUAUAUAUAAACAAUAGAUUUUGAUUAAAAAUUUGCAAAAACAACAAGAAGAGCAAGAUAGAUAUAGAUAUUGAGAGAGAGAGAGAGAGAGAGAGAGAGAGAGAGAGAGAGAAAGAAGAAUACUUGGUUUUUUUGGAGAGAGAGAAUGGUGUAGUCCAGUCAAUCAAUCAUGGAGGAGUUUUUGAGGCCAUGAAAAGGUUUUUCUGAAGCAGUUCUUGUUCAGCAACCUGUUCGAUUUGGUGGGUAUUUCGGAUCUUUGUUUCUUCACUAUGUUUUUUUUCGUGAUUCUUGAAGCUUUUCUUCUUCACUCCCUAUCGAAAGCUAUAUAAUCUAAGAUGGACUUCUCAGAAUCUACAAAAAUUGUAUAUGAUAGGAUCCAAAAAAUCGACCCCGAAAACGUCUCCAAGAUUGUGGGGUAUCUCCUUCUUCAAGAUCAUGGUGAAAGAGAAAUGAUAAGAUUAGCAUAUUGCCCCGAUAAUUUAAUACACUCUUUGAUCAAUAAAGCAAAAACCCACCUCAAAUUACCUUCCAAUAUCCCCGAAAUGCCCCUACACUUCACCCCAUUUACACCUUCAACUCGUCAUUCACCAUUGACUAUCCAAAUCCCAAGUCAACCAGUUGACUAUGUUCCCAUGGUUUAUCCCGCUUCAUUUCCCGAAGAUUAUCGUCUUCACAACCACCUUCGUUUCCUUUCAUUGGAAGACCAGAUUGACUCGGUCAACACCCCCGAUUUUUCACCUAACAAUUUCUACAACUCAUCAGAACCUUCAUUAGGUCCUAGAGCCAAUAGGAGGUCGCCAAGUCUACCCGAAUUCCCAUUCAAAGUUUGCCAUUACUUCAUUAAAGGAUUCUGUAGACAUGGAAACAAUUGUAGAUACUUGCAUCCUACAUCCGAAAGCUUCUCCUACAUCGAGGACGAUAACGUCUUUUCACCCGGGUCUCUUGAUAAACUAGAGUUAGAACUCACCGAGCUUUUGAAAUCAAGAAGAGGGUUCCCUCUCUCCAUAGCCUCUUUACCAAUGCUUUAUUAUGAAAAAUUCGGUAAGUCGCUACAAGCUGAGGGGUAUUUGACCGAAAGUCAACGACAUGGGAAAGCCGGUUAUAGUUUGACUAAGCUUCUUGCGAGGCUUAAAAGCAUUUGCCUCAUUGAUAGGCCACAUGGGCAACACGCUGUCAUUUUGGCUGAUGACCUGGCAAAAUGUAUGGAUCAUAAUGGAGAUAGAGAUAGAAAUGAACAUGGUGGUAUUGUAGCCGGUUCUAGACAAAUAUACUUGACUUUUCCAGCCGAGAGUACCUUUUCGGAGCGUGACGUUUUCAACUAUUUCAACAAAUUUGGGCCGGUUCAUGACGUGAGAAUUCCAUGUCAGCAAAAGAGAAUGUUUGGAUUUGUGACUUUUGUAUUUGCGGAUACGGUUCGCCAUAUUUUGAACAAGGGAAACCCUCAUUUUGUAAGUGGUGCUCGUGUUUUGGUCAAACCCUAUCGUGAGAAAUCUAAGGCGGAUGAAAGUAUGAAUUUGAUCAGGAAACAUGGAGAGGCAUUUCAGAACUCGAUAUACCAAGGUGGUCACGGUCUUGAUAGUGAAAUUGGACUGCAGUCAAUGCCAAGAAUUUGUGAUAAUUCAAGGCUAAUCAAGAAGCAAAUCAUCGAAGAACAACAAGAACAAGCACUUGAAUUUGAGAGAAGGCAUUUCUCAGAGAUGCAAUUAUCCGCGGAUCUCAAUAACCAAUUUCCAUCUUUUAGAACCACACUCGAAGAGUUGAGGCUACCAGAAGGUAAUUCCCAUGCACCACAAAUGAACUUUCGUUCAACCGAGCAUUUUAAUUAUCUUUUAGAUUAUCUCAAUAACGGUCCUUCUAAUGAUGAAAGAAUUAGGCAGAUAAAUACCAAGUACAACGAGGAGAGUAGUCAAGGGCUAAAUCUUCCAGACAGCCCGUUUGCAGCUGCAUUAGGGGGUGAAAUAUCGACAGUUAUAUAGCUUCUUCAAAGAUAACAAACAAGAGCAGGUUUAUAGAGUUAGAGAUGACAGAAAAUCAACGGCCGUUUGGAUAAUGGAUAUACGAAGACAACAAAAGUUUAUAUAGAGAAUGUUUUUAGGGCGACAAAAAGGUUGCAAAUUAUAUAGAAAGAAUGUAAGUAUGAUGGAAAAAAGUGAGGAAGAGAGUGGCUUAAGAAUUAAGAUAGAAAGUAAAAGUUUAGGUGGUCUAAAGUAAAAAAGGCAGAAAAGAAUUCUGCAUCUUUGAGAUAUGACUAUAUAAUAUAAUUUGCAAUAAUAAAAGUUUAGUUUAUACGAA